UAUCACUUCAAUUUUUCCAAAUUAUUUGGCUCAAGGUCAAAAACCACUGGAUUUACAGAGAAGACACCACUACUGAAGGUUUCCUCAGAGGAAAAUGGGUUGCAGUGCAUGGCUCUUCAUAAUCCAGAUUUUACCACAGAUGAUGAUUCAUGGGACAACAGUUCUGCAGAAUUUGAGCAAAGGUUUCAACUGGGGAGUGAAAUGACAAGCUUGUCCAGAUCUGCUUCUUCUGAGAAAAAUGAAAUCUUGGACAACCUUCAUGUCAAGUUCAAUUUGUCAAAGAUGAGAUGCUGUCUAAAAUUCCUAAAAGUUUCAGGCCUUUUUAUCUUUGUAGUUGUCUGCUCUAUUUUAUUUGGCAUUUAUCCAGAUCAAGGUGUGCCCUGGCAGAUGUUGGCUGUGUCACCUCUGGAAAGCUUCUCUAUGAAUCUGACCGAUUUUCGUGAUUCUUCUCUCUUGAAGUUAGACAUGGGAGGCCCAUUUGUGGCAGAUGUAGUUGAUCAGCAAAGGGAAGAAUACAUUGUAGUACAAAUCAGUCAGACUGAAGAUGCUGGAUCAAGGAGGAGACGCCAGCAACAGGUGGUAUAUAACUGGUCUCUGCCCUUAAGUUCAAGAAGAAAUCAUCAAAUCAUCACAACUAGAACCUUUCAGAUACCAAACAGAGGUACCAUCUUCAUAAAUGUUCAAGCUUUCCUGCAGGAGCCUGGAAGUGUUCCUCUCUCCAUGAAGCAUCAAUACCUUCAUGCAAAUAUAGAGGCACAAGUAACAAUUGCAUCCAUCAUCUUAGUAGGUGUCUACGUGCUGAUCAUACUGGAAAUUGUUCACAGGACUCUUGCAGCGAUGCUGGGCUCUUUGGCAGCUUUAGCUGCUUUAGCUACUGUUGGGGAGAGGCCAAGUAUGGUCGAAGUGGUGGAGUGGAUUGAUUAUGAGACACUGGCGCUGCUGUUUGGAAUGAUGGUUUUGGUGGCCAUAUUUUCAGAGACUGGAUUCUUUGACUACUGUGCAGUAAAGGCUUAUCGAUUCUCUAGAGGCAAGGUGUGGGCCAUGAUUACACUUCUGUGCCUCAUUGCUGCAAUUCUUUCAGCAUUUUUGGACAACGUUACCACUAUGCUGCUCUUUACACCAGUAACCAUAAGGCUCUGUGAAGUACUUAAUCUUGAUCCUAGGCAUGUCCUGAUUGCAGAAGUAAUCUUCACAAAUAUUGGGGGGGCUGCCACAGCUGUUGGGGAUCCUCCAAAUGUGAUUAUUGUUUCAAAGCAGGAGCUGAGAGAGACGGGAUUGGAUUUUGCAGCCUUCACAGGACAUAUGUUUGUUGGCAUCUGCCUUGUUGUUCUGGUCUCCUUUCCUUUUCUCAGACUUCUUUACUGGAACAAAAAACUUUACAAUAAGGAGCCAAGUGAAAUUGUCG